AUGGCCGCAGCAGCAGCGCCCGGAGGCAAUCAGCCACCUGGCGGCAACGGCUUCGGAAAGAAGCCAAUGGGUCGCGGCGCCGACGACGAACCCGACCCCUUCGGCAUGAAAACCUUCCUCAGCCCGGCGCACGGGCGCAAGGGAGCGGCGAAGAAGAAGGAGACGAAGAGGAAGCGCGUUGCGGAUGACGAUGAGGUUGACGAACAGGAGGAAGAAGUUCCUUUCGCCGACGAUAGCUUCCUGGGCAAGAGCGGUCAUCGCAAGAAGAAGGAGCAGAAGAUGGCCUGGGACAAUGAGACUGAUCGUCCUCUCCUUCUGACAGGGUUGUCGAGGAAGAUCACCUACAAGGAGAUGAAAAUCAUCGCUGCAGCGUAUCCACAGCAACCCACCGCGAAGGCCAUCCAGGAGAGGCUUACAAAGCUCCGGGCCGAACAAGAGCGCAUUCUCGCCGGGUUGCGUAAGUUUGCGACGUCUGCAGGUGAGAUGGAGGCGCCCACCAUCCCCAUCCCGGAUGCGCCGCCGGAGAACAUCACUUGGGACGGCGUGCAGGCGUUCUUCCGGAGCAACAACUACACGCCAGCCGACAUCAGGGCUCUGGCCGAUGCGAUGGAGCGCGGCGAAGACGAUGCCACGGAUGGCGAGACGCAGGAGGAGCCGGCCGCUCGCUCCACUCGACCAGCUGGCAGUGCUCUUCCUCUCGGUCUCGACGAGCCAGCCCAUGCUACCAGGAUCACGGCCAGCAGGCGGCUUCGUGCGGCGGAGAGCAACGCCGUCACCUACCCCCCGCCGGCUACCGGACGCGCCGCUACCAACCCCUCCACCACCACCACCGCCUCCACGGAUCUCCUCGCCGAACGCACCCAGCAAACGGCCACCAUCGAAGUUUUCCGUCAACAGAUCCGGGACCGCAAGGCGCGCGAGGCGCUGGAGGCCGAGGAUGCCGAGAUCGCACGCCUGAUGCAGGAGCAGGAGAAGGAGAAGCGUGACGGGGAUGAUCAUGGCAAGGGUGAGGACGGCAAGGGCGGCGACGAUGGUGAGGGCGAGGAGGGCGGUGCGGACGGUGAGAAGGGCGAGAACGUCGGGGGAGAGUAG